AACCUCCAUUAUUUGUACUAUAUGCUCACUGAUUCCUCUUCUUCUCACGCUUUCUCACCGACUCUUCGCCUCCUUCUUGUCCCUUUCUCUUCCCUUUCCUUGCCCUAGAAUUCCUCCAGGUACGUCUCUCUCGGUUUUCCCCUGUUUUCCCAUGUUUUUUUCAACCAGAAUCAUGUGUUUUUUGAGACACUUUUGAGUCCAGAGUUGAUAAAAAGGGAGGUGCAAGUUGUUGAUUGAAUCUGUGAAGCAGAAUAGACAAAGAUUAAGCGUUAAUUGUUACAGUUGUUAUUGUUGAGAAUUGUGCAAUUUAUAGUCAUUGGUUUUUAUUGUUUCCAGACACAGAUGGUGUCAAUUUGCAAGAUUGGGUACUGGAUUAUAGAGCUGCAGUGUUGAUUAGCACUAAAUUAAUUGUAGUUACGUCGGUUGCGUGUAUUGAAUAGAGAUAGCUAAAACGGGUGCUCUUUGCUGUGUGGCCUCUGGGCCACAUGGAGAGAGAUCAAAUUCAGUUAGCAGGGACUUUUCUGGGGACCCUGGUGAACCCCAUUGGAGAAUAAAUUCUAGUUUUUCCCCUCCAUUGUCAAGGCUUUCAGACUGCAGGUCGCAUUCAGAUGGAUUAUCACAAGGGACCCAUCGAUUCCCCAUUUAUGAAUCAUCAUUUUCUCUGCACAAUAAAGGAAGAAGUAGGGACAGUGAUCAAUAUCCUAUUCAUUUUCAAUCUGUGUCUGAUGGCGCUCUUUCUUCUUGUGGAAGCCCAUCUGAUAGCUUCCGGGCAUUACAGUGGACGACUCCUACAAAAACACUUGAUCUUGGACCAAAAUCAAAGACUUCUGUAUUUUCUGAGAGUAAUGAGGAAUGCUUUCAAGGAGUACCCUCAAUGUCGAACAGCAUCGCGUCUCCUUCCCCAUGCUCAGAAUCUAGUCAGAGGACAUCCACUUGCAAGCACCCAAUCUUCUUCCCGUCCCGUAAUUUUUCCGGGAGACGCUCAUUCAUCUCAAAGCCUGUUUAUCCACUUAUUUUCCACAAUCCAAUUUCUGAUUAUGAAGCAAAUGAUGUGGUCAGUGCAACAAGUACUGAUAGCAAGAUGCCACCUGUUAAUAGUUAUAGUACUUUAAACCUCGAUCUCAAGUUCCAAAAUUCUUUAGCUGAACUCCAGCAAAUGGAGGGUUCUCCAGAGCCUGGUGCAAGUUCUAGGAGAGAAGGAUUCAGAUUGAGCAGUGCCAGCAGUUACUAUGAUUUUGGAUCUGAGCCAGAUGCCAUUGACAUUACAGAAAGCAUUAGCAUCGAAAGCCUGAUGCCUUCAAAUAAUUUAGCAAGAUAUCAGAAAUGUGGGUUAUGCAAGAGGUUCUUAUGGCAGAAAUCUCUAUGUAGUUCUUAUAAGAUUGUUAGAAAUUGUGAUUUGCCAAUUGCUGCAGUACUUCCUUGUGACCAUAUUUUCCAUGCAGAGUGUUUGGAAGAGAUCACUCCAAAGAAUAAUGUUCAUGAUCCUCCCUGUCCACAGUGUCUUAAAUCUGUAAUCCUCGAAGGAUCAACAUCAUUUUCAAAGCCUCUUCAGAUUUCUCUCGGUUCUGCUACAAAGAAUCAGGAUGUCAACACUUCACAUAGUGCAGAGACUGAUAUGAAGCAAAGAGGUUUCUUGAUUAAGGAUCAUCUCAAGAAGAGGUUUUCUAAAGAUCUCUUUUUCAGCACAAAGGUUUUUAAAAGAAAUGCAUUACCAUCUUCCUCAGCUAGUGUCAACCACAACACAUUGGGAUGCAUUAGUACUUGACGAUGAUAAAGUGCAUAUAGUUCAGAUUUCAGACGAUAAAGAGAACUUGUGUUUGUUAUAAUAUCUACAAACCCUCCCUGUUAUCCUCUCGAGAACUUUAUUAUUUACAUGCGAGAGGAAUGACGAAGAAUGGCCUACAAACCGUUGAAGUGAUAAAGUUCAUGCAUGAGCAACUCUUGACAUUCUGAUAUCUGCAAGUUAACGAUGCUUCGAAUCAGUACUUCGGGUUUCUCUCGAUGAGACAGAAUUAGAUGAUGGUAUUGCAAUGGUGAUUAUGAUAUAUUUUUUGAGAUAUAUCUCAGGUAACACUUGACCGUGGCACCGAAGACUUUAAUUCGGUGCAUGCAGAGUUAAGAGUAUCAACAAUUGAUUGUUGUCUUCACAUCAUCAGAGUCUGAAUUAGUUCGUCUUUGCACAUAUGUAUGAAUUCACCAAACAAAGAAAUUUGUAAGAAUGUUAAUCAAAUACUAAACAUGUUGCUUAAUCUCAAUUCAUGUUUUACUGCAAACUUAAUACUGAAGUAAUGAAAUUCGGCAAAUUGGUCAA